UGACACCACCCUUCUUCACCUCGACCAUGUGCCUGCCUGGUCUCACGAUACGAGAGCUUCUUGGAUCUUAACAAAUUCCCAAUCUAUAGACUAUACACUUCCAUUUCUCUCUCUCACCCCCCCAAAAAAAAAAACAGAAACCCACUCCCCCACGAUACACAGAGCGAGAAAAAACUAGAGAGAGAUAGAGUGAAAAAGCAACCAAUGGCGCAGCUCUCGGAGACCUACGCGUGCGUGCCGUCGACGGAGCGCGGCCGCGGCAUCCUCAUCUCCGGCGACCCCAAAUCCAACUCGAUCCUCUACUGCAACGGCCGCUCCGUCAUCAUCCGCUACCUCGACCGCCCUCUCCAGGUCGCCGUCUACGGCGAGCACGCGUAUCAGGCCACCGUGGCCCGGUACUCUCCCAACGCCGAGUGGAUCGCUUCCGCUGACGUCUCCGGCACCGUCAGGAUCUGGGGGACUCACAACGACUUCGUCCUCAAGAACGAGUUCAAGGUUUUGUCUGGUCGCAUCGACGAUCUUCAGUGGUCUCCCGACGGGAUGAGGAUCGUCGCCUCUGGUGAAGCCAAGGGCAAGUCCUUUGUUCGCGCUUUCAUGUGGGAUUCGGGAAGUAAUGUUGGAGAAUUUGAUGGCCAUUCGAGAAGAGUUCUGAGCUGUGCAUUUAAGCCAACAAGGCCAUUUCGCAUUGUCACGUGUGGAGAGGACUUUUUGGUGAAUUUUUAUGAAGGCCCACCUUUUAAAUUCAAGCAAUCUCACAGGGAUCAUUCAAAUUUUGUCAAUUGUGUACGGUUUUCUACAGAUGGUAGCAAGUUCAUUACGGUAAGCUCUGAUAAGAAGGGUAUACUAUAUGAUGCGAAAACUGGAGAGAAAAUUGGAGAGCUGUCCUCAGAGGAUGGUCAUAAAGGCAGCAUUUACGCUGUUAGCUGGAGCCCUGAUGGUAAACAGGUACUAACUGUAUCUGCUGACAAGACUGCAAAGAUAUGGGAGAUCUCCGAAGAUGGUAAUGGAACAGUUAAGAAAACAUUAACUUGUCCAGGCUCAGGUGGAGUUGAAGACAUGCUGGUUGGAUGUCUUUGGCAGAAUGAUUAUCUUGUCACUGUUUCUCUUGGUGGAACGAUUAGCUUAUUUUCAGCGAGUGAUCCUGAUAAAGCCCCGCUAUCUUUGUCUGGACAUAUGAAGAACAUUACGUCACUUGUUGUGCUCCAAAGCAACCCAAAAGUUAUAUUGUCCAGUAGCUAUGAUGGUUUAAUAGUGAAAUGGAUUCAAGGUAUUGGAUAUAGUGGUAGAUUAGAUCGGAAGGUGAAUACUCAAAUCAAAUGUUUUGCAGCUGUUGGAGAAGAGAUCGUUUCAUCUGGAUUUGACAAUACGAUUUGGAGAAGUUCUCUACUCGGAGAUGAAUAUGGGGAUGCAGAGUCUGUUGAUAUUGGCAGUCAACCUAAGGACUUGAGCCUUGCCCUUCAGUCUCCUGAACUGGCCUUGGUUUCAAUUGAUUCAGGAGUUGUCAUUCUAAGAGGUACAAAAGUAAUCUCAACCAUUGAUCUUGGGUUUGCUGUGACAGCAUGUGCAAUUUCACCGGAUGGAAGUGAAGCCAUUGUGGGUGGCCAGGAUGGAAAACUGCACAUAUUUUCAGUUAAGGGUGACACACUUACAGAAGAGGCUGUGCUUGAAAAACAUCGGGGCGCAAUUACUGUCAUACGGUACUCUCCAGAUGUUUCUAUGUUUGCAUCAGGAGAUGUCAAUCGAGAAGCAGUCGUCUGGGAUCGUGUGUCCCGAGAGGUGAAGCUUAAAAACAUGUUGUAUCAUACCGCACGCAUAAACUGCUUGGCUUGGUGUCCUAAUAGCAGCAUGGUUGCUACUGGAUCACUUGACACUUGUGUAAUUAUAUACGAGAUUGACAAGCCGGCAUCAAGCCGUAUAACCAUCAAAGGAGCUCACUUGGGUGGGGUUUAUGGAUUAGCUUUCACCGAUGAGUGCAGCGUGGUGAGUUCUGGCGAGGAUGCUUGCCUUCGCUUAUGGAAGGUAACCCCACAAUAAUUAAGAUGAUUGAGUUCAUGAAUAUCUUGCUUGUUUAUUUCUUGUUCUUGUUUUUGUUUGCAAUGGAGUGGGAGAAAAAGAUGGAAUCUUGUGAAGGAUAGUUGAUUUGGCUUAGAAUUGGAUAGUUCUGCGAAGAGUGUUUUGUUUCUUUCUUUCUGGUUGUCUAAUUUUUUGCUAAAGGCUUUCUGUAACAGUUAUGGUUAGGUUAUCGUGUGCAAUUUGCAGCUGUGAUAUGGUGAUGCUUUGUUGCUACUAGUUCAAGUAUGAUGAUUCUGCAUGGUUUGUUUCCAAUGCAAUAUUAUUGCAGUGAUAUGUAUUGCUCUUGAGUA